CAGGCUCCGCUUCACUUUCCACCCUGGAGUCUUCCAACCUGCCCUGCCAACCAGCACCGCUCCUAGACUUGUAAAAUGAUAUUACCUUUAAGAAACCUAAUAGGAAUCCGUUUUUGCCAUUACGUCCAACACAUUAAGGCCGACCGUUAGAGCCUUUAUGCAAUGCCACUGAAAACCUACCUUCCUUGCUAAAUUAAAGCUGUAUUCCUUUAGACACAUUGUUUCCCAUAUCGGUGGUACCUUUAAUUGGUUGAUUCUUGCUUCUGAACCCCGCCUCGGCAAUGACAGAGUCGGAUGAGGAGCUCAGCCCUCUUAGUAGCGAAGGUGACCUGUUGUCAUGGUCAUCUGACGACGAGGAUAUAGAUAAAGCCAAUGGGCUGGAUGGCGUUGAUGAAGAAGCGGACCAGACCGAAGGCGAUGACGCGGACGGAGAAGGCAACACUGGCGCCGGGUUACCAAUUGGCAGUGGCGCAGCGCUUGGUCUCCUUAACAUGCAGCCACCUGGAGCGUACCUAGAGCAGGACGCGCAACCAUCAAACGCACAGGCGACAGAAGGAGGCGUGACGCCCGACCUUCUCCCCUGUAUGCAAUCGCCUGUGCUGCGACCGGGCAAGCUCGUCUUCAACACUCAUCAAAACCGAGAAGCCACGCUAUUACACAGCUCCCCGGGUGGGUCACGUAUGGCCCUUGCGUAUGAAGGUGGUCGCUACGACGACGGCCGGAUGAUCAAGAUAGACAAGCUCCGUGUCUGCCCCAUCGGCGGUCGGCACGACCUGCGCCGCAGCCUUGUCUCAGGACCGAGCGUGGGGCGCCAGGCCGUGUUGAUCCUGCGAGGCACGUACGCCGGGCAACUCGGUGUCGUCGACGCGGGGUAUAUGGGGGGUCCCAAAGCCAGGCUCCGCCCUAUCGAUGCAGAAGGGCGAGAAAACCGGGCAGUGAACAUUGACGCCGUCAAUGUACACGCUCUAGCUGAUGCUGAGCUCGCCUUCCGCUCCUUCGAGUCGCCUCAGCGAGAUGCCCUUCGGCCGUUCCUCGCUCCUGACCAAUCCCAAGGCCCCAGCACGGUGCAGUGGUCUCUGCCAGGGAAGGAGCUUGGUUCGCAUGUAGCGGCUAGUGAUACCGUCGGUGGCGUGCCACAACAAGCAGCGGCAGCGCCUUCCUCCAACAAGGUGUACCGUGUACCGCGCUCUCUGCUGGAAAGCUUCCUUUUGUGGCUCCAAGUAGAGCAGCGUGUGGACUAUGCAUUGGAGCGCCAUCAGGGUGGUAGAAGCAGCAACGCACUGGCGUUCAUGUUCAGUGGCAAGCCCUACCCGCCGCCACUUCCCAGACAGCGUAAGCUCGCGUCAUGUAAGCUCGUCUGUAGCCGGGGAGCAAGUAAAGGACAGGGUAUACGGCGUACUCUGCGGGUGGGCUGCCCUCACAGCCUGCUGCUCUCCAUCUUCAUAACCGAUCCUGACAUCGUGGUGGUAGAGGAGAAGGCGGCGCAUGCGUACCACAGCUUCGAUGACCAGCAGUACCUGCGCCUGGUCCCUGAAGUGGUGGCGGCCAUCGAGACGUACGCGGUUAAGCAGUCCCUACCACCGUCGGAGGUGCAGCAGCUUGUAUCCGACAACAUUGAGGAGUACGCCAGGCCGUACGUGACUGCGGGCUGUCUAUCUGUGGAGGCAGCCGUAAUGUCCCGUCGCUUCAAUCCCACCACGUCCGACAUCCAGAACAUCGUCAAGCGGUACAAGCGCGCCUACCAAAAGCAGAGAGACGACGUUAGCGGCACGAAGGCCAUUCUUCGAAAGGCCUACAAGAUGCGGCUUAUCAACUUCACCGUCGAGGACGAGGUCGUCAACCGAGGCGCAGAGGCAACGGCACCAGUGGGCACAGCGACGGCGACAGUGGCAGCACCGGGGGGAGUGACAGUAGAGGCGACAGUGGCAGCAGCGGCGGCAGUAGCAGCAGCACCGGCCGCGCUGGCAGCAGCGGCCGUUGCACCGGCAGGAGCAACGACAGCUGCAGCAGCGACAGUGGCAGGAGUCGCUAGCAUGUUGCAACUCUUCGGUGCUUACGGCACAGCACCACCUGUUGGUAUAGGCACGGCGGCGGCAAUGCCGACAACGGCGACAGUCGCGACAGCUGCUGGACCUGUCAGGAUUGGCUCCUUGCUCGGGCGAACAGGUCCCGUGUCGGCAGUACCGGCACUUGGAGCACCGUUAAGCCCGAGAAGGACGUUGCUUGCGUCGGCUUCCCAGCAGCAGCAACAGCCGACCACCGCGGGUGUCUCAUUCUACGAGGUGCUAAAGUUUCUCGCAAGGUCCGGGGCUGGAGUUCGCGCCGGCGGCGGCGGCGGUGGCCUAGCCGGCGGCGGUGGCCUAGCGGGGCUGCCCCUCCCAGCCGCCCGAGCAGCCGCGGUCGCUCAGCCAGUAGGGACCGCUCAACCAGCCGCGGCCGUGCGACCAGUCGUGCACGGGGCACCAGCGCCGGUGGCUCAUCGCGCUCUGGAAGCGCCAAGCGCCAGCGGGAGGGGGAGCCGUCCGAGGAGGAGUCGCUGAUUCGCCUCCAGGAGGCACAGCAGAAGUUCCACGACAUGGAGCUACAGGUCAAGACGGCGUCAGAGGAGGAGGCUACCAAGCGCGUGGCGAAGACCAAGGCCACCCUGGACCUCAAGGCGGCCACUCAGAAGACGGCCGCCCUCACGCGACAGGCGAGCAAGGCGGAGAAGGAGCUGGAGGCGGCCAAGAAGGCGCGUGAGAAGUACGACAAGAUUGAGAGCAUCGACAUGACUGCAGCGAGUGAGGGGGAGGGCGAGGGAGAGGACGAGGGCGAGGGUGUGGGCGAGGGGGAGUGCGAGGAGGGAGAGGGACGCUUGGAGCUGUGAGCGAAUAUUCGGGGGUGUGGGAGAUGCGUGGAUAUGCAAUGUGUGGUUAAAUGUGUGGAUACGCAAUCGUGGUGUGUCAAUGUCGUAUAGUGGACCAGUUCAACAGUUCAAGGUGUUUGUUUCGUCUUCGUCUUGUUGUGUUGUGCUAUGGUUGAAACCUGUGGCAUGUGAAGCGAGCGCGCGCUUGGAUGGACAAGACAACGGUGACAGGAUGUAAGGUUCAUGGGUUUGCUGUGUCGGCUGGCUCCGGCAUUUGCUGUUGCUAUUCCGUGUGCUCGCAUAUGCCGAACGCAGCUCGUUCGCUCCUACGAUACUCGGUAUGGCAUGCAAGCAUCGCGACGAGUGUAACGAUUUCGACGUUUGAGGAAGACAAUGGCUUGGUUUCAAACUACAUACAGGACGCAUAAGGAUUGUACCUAUGAGUUUGGUAAGUAAGCAGGUUUCAGCGAGUCAUGCAUAAAGGCUCUAACGGUCGGCCUUAAUGUGUUGGACGUAAUGGCAAAAACGGAUUCCUAUUAGGUUUCUUAAAGGUAAUAUCAUUUUACAAGUCUAGGAGCGGUGCUGGUUGGCAGGGCAGGUUGGAAGACUCCAGGGUGGGAAGUGAAGCGGAGCCUGGCCCCGCCAUUUGUCUUGCGGUUUGUCCAGGUGAUUCGUAAUCUCCAUAGCAAUGUCAUUGUAGCGUUGUAAAGCUGCAACCAACGUGUAGCCCAUAAGCCAAGGUUAAGUUGCCUCUUGAUGUGCCUCCCUCAAGGCUGACUUGCCUCUUGCAAAAAACAAAACUGUUAAAGCGAAUAUGUUGGUUAGAAUAUAGAAAGGUUAGUUGUAGUUCAAUACAAGCAGCUUAGCAAAGACUGCCGCUGCCGCGAUGGCCGCAGAGACACAAAGUGGGCAUCGUCCCUCUACGUUACAUUCGUUCGUUCAUUUCGUUCGUUCAACGCGCACCGCUGAAAAGUGGAUCGAAAUACGUGCUUGUUUCACGUUUUCGAGGCCUCCCUCGCCCGACAUGGCCUUCGUCGCAAUCCUGUUGGCUAUCC